AUGUAUCGGCCCGGUGUGUUAACUUGCUACAUUGGCCUGCUCGCUGGAGCAGCCACAGGCAACUUCUCAGCUGCAGUCAUCACUCGCUCUGCCAACACUAAUCCCCAUUAUGACAUCAUGGAUACAGGGAGUGCCUUGAUUCAAGCUGCUACAACGGCUAUAGAUGCCGAGGACGUAACUGCAGCUUGUCUGCCCACCAUGAAUAUGCUGAGGGUGCUUAACCUUCGUGAUCAGGCGUUAAAGGCCCUCGAACCAGAGACAGGAGGAGCAAGUGUAGAAGAAGGAGAAGGAGAAGAAGAUCAAGAGGAGCUUACAAAAUCAAAUACAGCUGCUGAUAUCGCAAAACUACUAGCAGGGACCGCUGCGGAGACCUGUGAGAAGGGGGCGACAGCGGAUGCAAAAACACACACUGGGCUUGUGAUUUCUUUCGAAUUCUCCGCAACCUUUGACUGUGGAUCGCUGAUCCAGGGUCACUUUUCCACAGGACUGAGCCAUAUACAAGAAUCAAACUUCGACCCGGCUACAGGCACGUAUGACACUGGGAAAGCCCCAUUUGAUAAUUUAUCGGCCAGCAAUGUUGCCAACAUCAUGUGGAGCAAAAGCACAAAGGCGUCUUGUGCCGUCACGAAAAACUGCAAGGCCGGUCACAACGUUCUGUAUUGCCGUUUUGUAGAGCCAAUCACAUCGAAAGACAAGCCUUUCACGACUGAACUGUAUGAGGCUCUCUUGCAGCGGCAGGCGGGUUCAUCAUCCAUUGCACUUCCCAGCAUUGCCAUAACAUUUUUCUGCGCCGCCUUGCUCUUGUUGAGUUAA